AAUGGAUAACACAUUCUCGUGCCGUGUUGAGAUCGAAAUUAGUCAAUAGUAGCUGUAACGAUGCAUGUUGUUAUCGCUUGUAUACUAGACAAACGUUCAAAAAUAUGGCCUUGGUCAGGAGGGAACAAAUUUCAUUUGAUUGUCUACAAGAACUGUGUCUACAAACUAAGAUGUGGGCCCCUGAAAUUUCAAGGAUACAAAAAUUUCUCUCAGCAUUAAUAACAACAUCAUCAAGUGCCCUCAUUGACCAGGCGAUAGAAAAGCUACAACUUAUGGGAGCUCUAGACGAAAGGGAAAAUCUAACAAACCUUGGAAUUCAUUUGAGAGGACUCAGCGUGGAACCUCGUAUAGGAAAAAUGGUAAUAUCGUCGAUAGUAUUUAGAUGUAUCGACCCUGUUCUCACUAUAGCAGCAUUUUUGUCUCGGAAAUAUUUACUGCAAUGGUGCACCCAUGAAGUAGAUUUUAUAAGAAAAAACAGACAAACAUUGGUCGACGGGUACAUGAGCUCUCACCUAUUUUAUAUCGAGAUUUUCAAAAAAUGGCAGGAAUCGAUGGCAAAUGGCUCUUUAUUGAGAUUUUGCCGAGAAUACGACGUGAACCAUGUAAUGAUGAACUCUGUACUGAGCACAAGAAAGAAUCUGGUCGGUGAAAUUCGUUCACUUGAGUUUUUCCCUCAGUCCAGCAAUCUUCAAAGGUUUAACGAAAACUCUAAUUGCUGGCCUUUGAUCAAGGCCGCACUUUGUGCAGGCUUGUGUCCCAAUUUCGCAUAUCCCUUCAAAGGAACAUUUUGUACGGGCUUUAGGGAUAACUUGAAGUUAUUUGAUGGUACAUGUCCUGAACCACUAAUGGUAGUUUAUGAUGAUACUAUCGAACAAGACAACGUGGGAUACUUAAGAGGUGUCACUGUUAUCACACCCAUGACUAUCAGCUUAUUAUCUAAAGGAGUUCUAGGGAGCUAUAUUCAAGUAGAAUACGGUUACUCAUUUAAAGACCUCGCUAGGCUUAUUCACAAUCUAUACCAGAAAAUCGUAAUAAGCCCACAAUGUCAUAACUUUUCAAGCAUUGACAACGACAUUUUGAACUGUUUGAAGGAUAUUCUUGAAAUCGAAGAAGUGUCUGCCGGCUUAAAAAUUCCGAGUCGGGUUGGUCAACCCCCAAGAUAUUUUUACCCUCAAACAACUAUUCGCAGUCAGUCACAGUGGUCGUACGAUACCGCAUGUUCUCUGUCGGUACCGGAAGCAAAGGAAAACAAGAUGGCUUUUUGCGAAGAUCAACAGAGCAACGGUUUUCCUACCCAUCGGUUACAGUAUUGUCCUAAUAUGGACAGGCCAAACAUGUUUUUCAAUAUGUCAAGCUUGAAGAGAGAGGGAAAAGUUUUUCUACUCAUAAAAGCGAAAGAGUGGUCGAGUAUUCAUAUAGGAUACACGACAUCAAGAUGGACGUUUGCACCGCAAACGGAGAAAAAGAUUAUUCAAUUGAACUGUAAUGAACCCGAGAAAGAUAUAUGGUUAUUCUUCACAUCAAAAGAUUCUAACGCAUUCCAAGGUGUCGCCAGAUACAUUAGCUUCAGAAAUGAGCAAGUAGGAAGACCCAAAGCUGACAUUUUAUGGAUACAUAAGAGUCAAAUUCCGUUUUCGAAUGUCAGACAUUUAACAAACGGCGCGAACUCUAACCAGCGAGUAUACGAAGGAGUAGACGGACAAAUUAUUGAGACAUCUGUCGGAUAUGAGCUACUGAGAAUUUACCAAGGAGUUUAAAGUUUUUUAAAAUGUUAAACAUAGAGAAGAAUAUUACCAAAUAUAAAAAUGUACUAUAGUAAGAUGUUAAUUGUUAAAUGAAUUUAUUUAUUAUAGCUAAUAGUUCUUUAAAGAGGUGGAUAAUACAACAUUUGAAUAAAAAAUAUAUAUACUGUAAUGGCAAAACAAUCAUCAAUGUACGUUAUGCACUCAAUAAUGUCAUCAAAAAUACCAACCUAAUCUUGUCGUCGAGUAAAAAGUUUCCAGUUUCAUUAUAACCAGUGGCGGCUGGUGAUAUUUUGUUCAAUGGGGCGUUGAUUCGAAAAUACCAAAAAUAAAUAGGCUCUUACAAAAGCCUACUUCUCAAGAUGACACUGUAUCCUUCUAUUUUUAUCGGAGAUAAGUCUGGAGAAUUUUGUCCAACUAAAGUUUUUUCGAUUGAGAACAUAGCAAGUGCCGUCAGUUUUUCUUCGGCAUUGUACUCCUUAGAAACAUCUUGAUCAAUUUCAAAGUAGAGGAACAUCUUUUCGUUUCUGUAGUUGUCAUUGGCAUAUUUAUUACAAUCAUCAAAAUUUUACUUAUGUCACAAAAUGUUAAAUCCAAACCAUAUGACACUAUUAAAGGACAUCGCACACAUCUUAUGGAAAAUAUAAUGUCACUCAAAUUCAAU